AUGAGUGCUUGUGUAGACUCUUUGUCCUUGGCUCUGGGUCAAAUCAGCUUUGCAGUCAACGAUUUAACAAAGAAAAAUUACAAGGCGACUCUGAAGGAAAUAAACGAGGUGAGCUUUCAGAUGAAAGUUGUGUUUUCUGUCGAUAAAAAUUGUGUAUAGGUUUAAUUCAUCAGAGAAUGGUUUUACUGCUGAAGUUCAUGGUCCUGAUCAGAUAUAGAAAGAACUAAGAAGAUGUUUUGUUCAGUGGGUUCUGUACAACCGAAUAUUAAAAAAGGAGUGAAUUAUGGGGCCGUUUGAAGUCAGUAUAUGAAAUUUGUCUUUAAAUGUUUUCUUAGGUGCAUGUAAUAAUGUGGCAUAAAUGUUUUACUUCCUAAAGGCUGUCACUAAGAUUUAGAGUUGCUGGCUAAGGGCCUCCUCAUAUGAGCCCGGUCAACCGGGCUGGCCUGGUUUCUGAGAUCUCGUCUUACCUCUAAAUCCUUUAUAAAAUUUUUGAUGUGUUCAUAUGAGAGGGCGGACUGGCUCAGUUCCUGAUAUCUUGGUUUUUCCAACGGAGAUCUUGGUAACCAGACUGGAAAUUUUGCCAUGUGAACAUUUCAUCCUGGUUACCGGGAUGAAUGGUGGGAUGAAUUCUGGUGGUCUGGAUAGCAUCAUCUUGCAUUGCCUGCUGUAUUUUUCAAGUCAUAAGCAUCCCAUUUAACUGCAGUGAUACCACUUUAAGAGUUUCUGAAGCUAUGAUAGGCCUGAAAGUUAAAAUUUUUUACUCAGUAGCCAUGUUUGCUGUGUUUCUCGAAUUUGGUGCCAGAGCUCGUCCCUAGGAUCUUUGGCCUUUUCUCAUCUCGGAAACCAGGCUGAAAUUUCGCACCAUAAACCCAAAAUUCAUCCCAGUAACCGGGCCAGUUCGGUUAACCGGGCUCAUGUGAAGAGGCCCUAGAUACAACAAGUAGGCAGGGAAUCAAGCAGCCAGGGAUUUUUAACCUACAACUCAAUAAUACUCACAACACUGGUAAGCAGAAGAGAAGGACUAAUAACCACAGGCUGAAAGAAGAUACAUCUAGGGUGACCCCUGAUUCAAUACAGUGUUUAAAAUUCAUUCUGUACUUUUAUUAAACAUCAUUAUUUUUGUUUCUUCAGCCUCCUAACAAAUGAACAUGAAUUGUUCUUGUUAAAAUUAUCUGCCCUGUUGGUAUUCUUCAUUCUUAUUUUUAUUAUCCUUGCAGCUGAUUGAAAAGCAUGGUUACGAGGCAGAACGCCACCUUUUUAGAUGUUUAUUCUCCUUCAUUGACUUUGCCAGUGAUAGUAAAAGUAAUGGGAAGGACUUCCUCCAGGUGAGCUGCCGUGAAAUGCAGUUGGUUCUCUCUAAGACAAACACCUCUGGGACUUGCACUAUGUGUUCAUCUUAGGGUUUGUUUCAUUAGAUUGAUCUGGAUCAGGAUUAGUAAUCAGAGAUCACUCACUGACAGAUCAUAGUACAUUACAGGAAUCAACAAAUCUGCAAUUGGGAAAGGAUUCAUCUGUUCAUUUGGGGCGCUGUCCAUUCAACCCAAAAAUUCCGGAAAUUUCAGUUGGUACAUUACAUGGAACGGACUAUUUCGGUUUCGUCCGACCACAAUAUUUGGGACCAGCUUUGAAGGUGGUCCACUCUGACCAGUCUGGUCUUUUCGGUCGGUCGGUCGGUUAAAAACAUUCCAUGCAAAUGUUUAUCUCUCUUUAACUUCAGAAAAGCCGUAAACACAAUUAAAAAGAUUACUACAGCUUGGCUCAUGACUGUCAAACACAGGUUGCCAAAUUUUUACUUUUACUUAUACUAUGUUGUGAAGAUGAAAAUAAUCAGCAUGUCAUGAGCAUGGGACAAAGAAAAAAUCUGAGUCCCCAACAGGAUUUGAACCUAAUAUGAUCUCCCAAACACCGGGCGGGUGCUCUAUGCACUGAGCUAUGGAAAACUCAUGGAGAGCUAGGCCAUGUACUAGGUUCAUAUUGACUCGUCUCCUGCAUACUGCUGCUAUACUGCAUACUGGUACUAUGUUGUUGCCAGAUUGAAAUUUAAGCCAGGUAAAUUUUUUCUGAUUGCCAUGGUAACCAAAAUAAUCACACUUUGGAAUGCUGCACAGGGUCCGAAAUUAACUUUUUAAUACGGGGCGCCAACUGGCGAUCAAGUAUAAAUUUUUGGUCGCCAGAGGCCAAAUUGUUGUCGCCAAAAAUUCCCCCUCCCUUUUUUUUUCAAAUAAAAGUUACAACACCAAUAAAAAAUGCAUGGUAUGGACGUUUUUAUGCUCAAAAAUUGCACUACUCCCGGUCCAGAUACUAGAAAGCAACCAUACGUGUACGAGUGAAGUCUUAUUUUUUUCCACAAAUUACUUUUUGGAGAUAUAAAGCUAUCUGACGCAGAAUGUAGGAACAGAAAGCUGUCUGCCCAUGACUGCACUGAUCAUAUUAAAACUCUAUUCUCUUCCCAUAACUACCACGAAACACGAAACAUAAACAUGAGUCAAGCCGCCAUGUUGCUUGUACCAGGCCACAACUGUGCCACAUUACUCUACAUAAUGUACUUACCGUAUUUCAGCUACGGAAAACAACAUGGUGGCUUGGAAACGUAGAACUCGUAUUGAUCGUAGCUGUUGUGGAGGUAUUACUACAGGAAGAUCCGUUUCACUUUCAAUUAAAAAAUAUCAGCAGGACAAAAAGUAAGACACCUGUCGGCAAAUAGCUUCGAAGUUUCUCCACAAUAACAAUAACAACCAGCUUUACAAGUUGCUAGCUGGCCACCAGCUAUGAAAUUCUGGUCGCCAGGACUGCAUUUCUAGUCGCAUUGGCGACCAGGAAGGCGCAAUUUCGGACCCUGCUGCAUAUUACUAUGUUGUUAGCUGUACAGCUUAUUUGCGCACUUGGGAUCAAAAUCUUGAACAAGAGGAUAACUGUGAUGUUUUACUGUAAUAUGUCCUUUCGCAUGGGUAGUGUAUCUGUAGUGGGGCGUCGCUGCUGUACCUGUACCCUGAAAUGUUAUCAUGUAGUUAUGUCCCUAAGGUAUUACAUAACCUACCCUGUACUUAAUUACUACCCAUUUAAGCUUAGCCUUUGGGCUGACCUGAUAGGUUAGUCCCAGUGUUCAAUCUAGAAAUUAGUCAAAAUGGGUCAGAUGUCCCUCAUGGCAUUUUAAAUUGGGUCAUUUCAAAAAUGAUCUGGGUCAAACUAUGAUAUUGAAACUUUGAAUAACUGACAUCACCCAAACUAUCGUGAACUUCACCUUCCUUAUCCAGCCCAUCUUCGUGCUUUUCAGGUUAAAUUGCCGUUCUUUUUGGUGUAAAAAAUGAACUUAGCUUUUGUUUUUGUUUCGUAAUGAAACAAAAACAAAAGAACAAUGUCAACAAAUGAAGUGUGAAUUGAUCAGCAAAGCAAUGUAUGCAGAAAGUCGAAAUUACACUCCAGCUUCUACUGGAAUUUUGUGGAAUGCCUGACCCAAAACUACUCGUGUGUAGCCUGAAAUGCCAGUCAUUUCGGCACUCAUUUCAGGCUUGUAAGCUCACCUAUUUUUCAAAAUUUACUUCAAUUAUUGCCUGCUAUUUUGGAAGUACUGCACAGUAUGAGAUGACCUCUUCGUCUGUGUGGGUAUGACUCCACAAUAAUUUCAUCUUGCAUCAGCAUCAGAAUAGAAUACUCUGCGUCAAUGAUGCAAAAAUGUGACCUAGAUUGAACACUAAUCCUUUUAGAUUUUGGGGUUAUUUUUUGUCUUUAGCCUUAUGUGCAACUUAUUUUUUCUUCAAUCAUUGUGGCUAAAAGUAACAGAUAUAUUCACUAGAUUGGGAGGUGCAUUUCUGUUUCAAAGGGGCAUUUUUUACUUCCUCAAUACUGUUAAUUAAUUUUUUUAAAGAUUGUAUAUGUGACAACGAGGUACAGCUGUCGCGUAGAUGACAAGUUAUGUGUAGCUCAUCAAUAUUAAUUUUAUGGCCUACUCUAUGUCUAAAACAUCUUCCUGUUUUUUUCAGUGCCAGUUUCUCAUUCAAGAAUGCGAGAUACUCGUGUCUAAGCCCAAUUUUUCAUCCAUUCUGUGUUAUGCAAUUGAAACGCCAGAGCACAGACAGCGUACCUUGAGGCCUUCUGCUCAACUACUCCCUAACAUCAGCAGGGUAUUGAAACUUAACAAGGUGCAAGAGGUAAAAUAUGGGAAUUUGUUUGAAUUUGUCUUAAUAAGAGUAAAAUUAGUAUGUUGAAAGGUUUCCGGUCUUCAUCUUCAAAUGUUUAUGCUAAUCUGGAAACAGCUCAUAAAUGUUCUGAGGAAAGUUCUUUCUUUUAAGUGAAGUCUUUGCAGCGUAAGCAAGGCUGUGCUCUAACGAAAAUUGAAAGGAGCCCAGUUGCUGUGAAACUGUAAAUUCUAGGCUGUUCAGCAUGAUUUGUGUAGGUAAUUAUACGACUUUGAGUUCAUUUGGGAUUUAUUUGCAUGAAUGUACUUUUCAAAAAGCUUAAAAAUUUGGGUGUAUGCAAUUUGAACUUUUUGAAAAACUCAGGAGUUCAAAUAAAUUCCAAAUUGAACUAGAAAAGUCAUAUACAUAUGAUUACUUUUUAAUAAUAUACAUGAAAAAAAUUACCUUCCUGGCUUUGUUUGAAUGCUUUCUGCAGUCGGCUAGACUUACAUGUACAGUGUAGUUGUUUGGCUUUACCAACAAAAACUUGCUUCGAGGAGCUGAAUUGCCUGUCCCUAAUAAAUCAUAGAACAGGUAUAUCCUUUCUCUUUCAAAUGCCUGUCCAAAGCGGUCAUCAUAACUUUUGAGACUGCCAAACUGGAAGUCGUUGCUUGUUGUUUUUUGUUAUGAAAUCUCUGCAUCGAAGUAGUUUGUUGAGGUUGGCAGGCUCGUAAUGCUCAAUUUGGUCAGAAAUUCCUUCCUCUUUUCUCCAUUUCUUCCCAACACCAACUCAAUAUAUGGUCCUCUUUACUAACAGUGUUUUCGUUUUUGGAGUUUUUUUUGUAUUUUUCAAUAGUAUGAACUUUCUGCCGUGACACAACUAAAAUAGACUUUGCAUGCUGGCCAUUUUUCUAUUCUUAAACUUCCAGGCAGCUGCCUUAAUUAGUUAUUAUUAUCGAUGUAUGGUAAUCACAAACAGGCAUCUGCUCAUGAGAAGAAAACUGCAGUGGUGAAAAUUAAUUUAUUAUUUUCUGCGGCUAAUUUCUGGUUAAUAAAAUGACUGCAAUGUGGUUUAAUUUAGGUGAUUUUUGGUCUUGGUCUUUUGAUUUCCUCAAAUGAAGAGUUAAAACAUCAUGGUAAGUCGUACAAGCCUACAUGUAGAUUGUUAAAUAUUGUGUGUUAAGUUUAAAAUUGAUUAUUUGUAAAAAAUAAAUAAAUAAAUAAUAAAAAACAAAAUAAAAUAAAAUUGAUUAUUAUUUUGUAGUUUUUCUCUACUUUUCUCACCCACCUAAAACUAUAAGCAUUUCUUCAUGGCUUCAUGAUGUUUAAAAAAAUAAUUAUGACCUUCUCCAGGAAAACAUACACUAACAGUUUUCCAUUAAACAGGCAAAAGCGUUAGGAACCUGUUAGAAAAGCAUUAAAACAGCUUGGGAAAGUAUUCAAGCCAUUAGUAAAACCUUUAGAAAAAUUUACCUUGCCAUUAGAAGGGUUAGAGAAACUGUUAAAAGCUUUAGUCCUCUUUAACCCCAUUAUUUACCAUUUUUUGCCUUUACUUCUAUCAAAUGCAAAGGUUUCAGUUUUUGGAUUUGUAUAAGUUCAUUUUUUAUCUGAAUUAAGUUUUAUAUUUUAAUCUUGAUUUACUCUUUUUGCUGUAGCUGGUCAAUUUGUAAAGCACAAGCUACCUGAUCUUUUGAGGUCCUACAUAGAUGCUGGUAAGAAUUUGAAGCAUGAAUGAAUGAAAAUGAAUGAAUGAAUUUGAAUUUGUUGCCUAUUUAAAACCUUAACAUGUACGUUCAUUCCAAAAUUAUGGCAACAUUACUUUUCCUUUAUGCAUCUGUAGAAUUCAAAAGAACUAGAGGAUAAAUUAGGGCCAAUAAUCACGAAGACACAAGUAUUAGCUUAAUAUGUCACCAUUUUGGAAUUAGGUGUAUGAGUGCUGUUUUGAUUGACAGCUUUUUUUAGGAUUUGUCCCUCAAUGUAGCCAACUGAUCUGUGGAUAGUGUUGUUGGCCUUUUGUCCAUGAUUCAACAUUUGUAGCAAGUGUUUUAAGGAAAAUUUCUUUAACAACUGCUUUGUUUAACCCUUUAAGUCCCAAUGGUGUCCAACAUCAAUAUUCUCCUAACAAUAUCCAUACAUUGUUAAGAGAUUAGGUUAUGAGAACUAAUAAAAUGAUCACCAAAGAGAAAAUAGCUUGAUCUUUUACCAAAUUCUCUUAACUCAUUCUCUAAGGAAAUGUAUGAAGACCGGUUUGGAGAAUUUGUAUGUGGAUAUUGGGACUUAAAGGGCAGUUGGGCGCCUGGAGUAUCCAGGGGUUUCUACUUUUGGCAGCCAGCCUCUAGAUCGAAUAAUGCCCCAACGGCUGGUGCAACUGCCCAACCCAGCCAUGAGCCCCCACAGAAAUUGAAACGAACAGGCACCCGUCACACUGAAGAAUAUCAGUGAAGAAAGAACCAUAGUGAGUGGAGGAGAGUUUGGAGAAAAUAACUGAAAGAAACUUCAUGGCAUGGACAACACAGCAUAAAGGAAAAAUCCAUGCCACAGAAUCGCAUGAGGAAUGUAGCGAACAACUUGGCAUGUGUAUGCUGAAUGACUGCGGACCUCAGGCACUGAAGAUGCUCUUAGUUGUUAACUCCUUUAAAUUGUAUUUAAAUGCAUUUUGAAAUGUUCUUAUCUCUAUAUUUUCUCUUAAGAUGUUGGUAGUGUACAGGAAGGAGGCUUGACUGAUGUUGGCAUAGAAGUUUUACAUCGUCUUUUAUCCCAUGUGAUCCAUGGCCCAAGGGAACAGGUUGGAGUUGGGGAUGACCAAGUAACAGCCUUCCUGGAAACAUUGAAGAAAGGUUUGUUGUACCAACUGUUAACCCUUUUAACCCUAAUAUCGAAAUUCGAAUUCUUAUUUGUCGUCCCUAUACGUUUCUUUUCGAAGUAGUUGGAAGAAGUUGUUGAAGUAUCAACCAGAGUCAUCUUGUGUGAUCAUUUCCUUAAUUCCUUUCUCCGAUCUGUUUUAUAAAGCAUUUUGAUAUCACAAGGAGAAGUUUGAUUCUGAUCUCUUUGUGGGCAUAAAGGGUGUUAAAGUUUCCAUUCCCAAGUUUGCCAUUGCUUAAGAUUGGUAGUAGCAGGUCUAGAUGCCAAACUCUCUCUAACUGUCUCUACAUGUAUAAUAACAGGAACCUUGGCAUAUUAUGAAGACACGACUGCAGUGUAUGCAAAGUUGUUUUUCUUGUUAAGAAAAGCACUUUUAUUAGAAGCUCAAAAGCCAAAUUCCUCGUCACUUGACACUAUAACUUAUAUUCCUCAUCUGUGGUUAGCUGUUGAAUUUAGCUGCCAGGAUUUUUCCACCUUUUGUCUUGGAGUAUAUUCAGCGGAACAGAUUUUUCCUAUUACUCAUUGUAUUUCUAUUCUAGAUUAAGGUUAAUGAAAUGCACCCUUAGUUUAAUUCGUACACUGAAUAGUUAUUGACACAGUGUGAUUGUUUGCUGAUGCUGGUUGUUAUCUUUACUGCAGAUUUUCCCAAAGAAAGAGCACCAGUUGUUCUUGCUCCACUUCUUUACCCUGAAUCACAAGAUAUAUCACCAGAAAAGUAAAGUUCUUCUUGAUGUAUAACCGUAAAAACGCUAAAACUAACUCUAGUCAGCACUACAACAAUUUGAUUUUAAUUGGUGCAACAAACAGAUCCCAUUUUAUCACUUAAAAUCUUUAUGGUUAAUCAUUUUACCAUUUCUGAUGAAAUAGGUUAGAUUUGCAAAGUCAGUUACUAUCAAUUUUUACAUUUGGAAUUGAGACCGAUAACUUGAACCCUUGCUAACUUGAACUGAUUUUUGUGUCCCUUCAGAUUUUGAGUUACCAGGGUUCUACUGUAUAUUUAUUGUCUAUUGUUUAUCGGCAGUCUUCAAAUUCUUAUUAAUAGGUUUUUGACUUUUUUUUGCAGCCUCAUUCCUGAACCUUUAAAUCUGUCCAAGAUAGUGGUAAGUCUACUUUUGAGCCAUUGUAUUUUGCUGUUGGCUUAAAAUUUUGAAAUUCUAAAUCAGGAAAGUGAAUACUUCAGGAGACAUUUUGGUUUCUGAACAUAGGAAAGAGAAACAAGGAAGUUGAAAUUUGAAAAAUGUGAAAAAGACCUUUUGACUAGGUCAUGUAAUAAGAUCCCUUCAGGCAGCAUUAUAUAAUUUAACCAGUGAGUUUUUGUAGAGAUGAUGACAGGACUUGCUGACCAAGUGGUUAGUGUAACAUGUGCCAACGAACUUCUUUAAUAUGUGGUAUAUGGGCAGUUAGAUUUUCUGUUCUGGGGCUUUUAAUACUACAAAGCAUUUCAUUUCUUACAGUAUAUGUAGUAGUUAGUGAUGCUGUUGUGCAUAUAGUCAUAGAAUAUUAUUUGCCUUUUAGAUGGAGGAUGACUUAGCUGACCUUAUGAAAGAAAUAGGCUAUUCCUGUUGUUCAAGGUAUAUUUUUCUUUUGUCUCAUUAUGAUCAAACUGUAAUGUUAUGAUUAGUGUUGUUUAGUUUUGUUUGAUUUGUGUUUUCCGUUUUGUCAGAUAUUAUGGUGAUGGGUUUCAGAGACAAAGGAAAAAGGAAAAUGAAAACUAAACUGCCAGUGGUUUCCAGUUGUUAAACAAAAGAAAAAAUUUAAGGCAGCAAUGCAAUAAUCGGAUAAUGAUUGCUAUCAUAUUGCUGUCAUAACAUGGAAAUGAGUUUCUUUUUUAAUAUUAAUGUAAAUGCCAUAACAAAGAAUGAACAUCAACCUCAGGCAGUCAUUAUUCUUCAGUUUAUGGUCUUCAUUAUCGUUGUGGUUAAAAACCACAGUUCCUCCCUUCUUUCCAAGUGCCUUAAGUAGAAAAAGCAGGGCUCCAAAUUGCGACUGACAUGGUUGCCAGACUUCUCUAUGAUUUAGAUUUAAAGUUAAAACAAACAUUUCAUCUUAUCUUGCUUUUUAAUUUGCUUUUGUCAUAAAAAAUGUGCCAAAUCUCAUAAACAAAGCCAGUUUAGUGCAAGAUUAGAGACUGCAGCUGUACUGGCCUUAGGUCUCUAUCUAAAUCAUAGAGGUACCCAUUGACCCUUUCACUCCCAGGCCAAGUAAUAGUGAGAGUAUACAAUGUAUGCAUCACCCUCAACAUUAAAAUCUGUAGGUGAAACCCCGUGUUGUUACCAUUCAAAUAAAAUCUCUUGGGCAGAACUUUUGUGUAGUACUUACUGUAUCAUAGGAAAAGGUUUGAGGGAGAGUUUUUUGAACAUUGUAUAUAACAGGGGUAUGUUCAGGCCAGGUGAUGUAAAUUUCUUUUCUUGUUCCAGUGUUGAUGAAUGUAAAGAUACUUUGAUCCAGUUUGGUGUUCAAGAUAUCACCCCAGCUGCUGUGGCCAGGGUUGUUGGUGAGGAAAUUCAUUUGUAUUUAAUCCUUUAAGCCCCAAUAUCCACAUACAAAUUCUCCAAACUGAUCUCUUUACAUUUUCUUAAAGAAUGUGUUGAGAGAAUUUGGUAAAAGAUCAAGGCAUUUUCUCUUGGUGAUCAUUUUAUUAAUUCUGAUAACUUUUUCUCUUGAUGAUGUAUGGAUAUCAUUAGGAGAAAAUUGAUGUUGGUCACCAUUAUUGGGACUUAAAAGGUUAAUGGUUUAACAUUUAUUUUGUACAUAUACGUGUCAAAUCAAUAACUACUAAUGUUGUUUUGCUCUGUCUUUCUGUUAGGAAUGAUGGUUAAGACUGUUUAUGGACUGCCUGAACAUGUCACUAUACAGGUAAAAAUGAUGUAAUUAGUACAUCAGGUCUCUGUAGGUUAGACUCCGUUGAAACCAANACCAUUAUUGGGACUUAAAAGGUUAAUGGUUUAACAUUUAUUUUGUACAUAUACGUGUCAAAUCAAUAACUACUAAUGUUGUUUUGCUCUGUCUUUCUGUUAGGAAUGAUGGUUAAGACUGUUUAUGGACUGCCUGAACAUGUCACUAUACAGGUAAAAAUGAUGUAAUUAGUACAUCAGGUCUCUGUAGGUUAGACUCCGUUGAAACCAAGGAUAAUUGGUAUGUUGGCUUAUACAGAGUCAAUAAAAACGACUGAAAGACAGCAGGGACAAUGUUCAUCCUUGGAUGUGUUUUGUGCAAUUCUAAGCUAAGAGGUUCUUUUGAUAAUAUCUUCCUUUUGUUUUCUAUGAAAAUAGCCAGGGGUAAUACUGAGGGAAACCAGGGAAGCCAGCCCUUGAUGGGAACCCUGGGAAAAAAGGGUCUCCGGCAUUACAUGUAGCUGGAAAUCAAACUCUAAGAAAGCUCAGUGUAUCAUAUUCUUCUCUGUUAUGCCACCUGCCUGACUUCUAUCAUCUGUGUGGUUCUUAGCAGAGGAUGUUGAAAGGCAGUGUGGUUUUAGUAUUAAUGUCCCCUUCAUUGCAAAUGAAUAACUGAAAUCACUCACCUUUUCACUUUUUCGUUUCAUAAUUGAUUAAUUUUUAUGUGUCAUUAUUUUCCAGAACUAUGGUAGCAGUUCAGUUUCUUUGGACAAACUGGGUCUCAGUGAACUGACCCCUGGCCCUGCUUCAUGGAAUGUUGAAGUGUUUGUCCAGGCUCUCAAAGAAAUGGUAUGCAAUUGACUAUUUCAACAUAUUAAUUGCAGAAGGUUUAGAUCAGUUGAUAGGGUGCUAAAUUGACCAGACCUGGCACUGCAUAAUCAUGUGGUGAGUGCCAGCAUUCUGUGCCAUCCUUGUUAUUUAUUAAGAACUUCAAGGGACCAUGUCACAGCUGUCUAGCUCAUUCUGUGAAUAAUGCCAGUUAUGCAUCCUCAUUUGCUAUGGAAAUAGGCCUUUUGCGUUAGUUGAUCAUGCGAUCAACCGUUAGCUGAUCAUGUGAUCAACUUUCGGUAAACACAAAAACAGUUCACUUUUGAAAACUUUUGUUAGCACAAGCUGAAAGAGCAUAUUUGGAUUUGGUGGCCUGUAAAUUUUCAGCCAUAUAAUUAUCUCAAAAGUAGCGAUUGUAAUGGCCGCCGGAAAUUAGAAGGAUUUGUAUGAGAAAAACAAUUCUUGCCACCCAUUCAUGCUUGGGAGGUUUUCCAUCCAACCCCUCAUAAAUUCUGAAAUUUUUAAAACAUUUGGAGUAAGAACUGUUUAGUCAUGUUACUAAUGUAAUUUUGAUGCUGUGUAUUUUAUUGUAAAGAUUCCAUUGCUAAGUUGGCGUCAGGUGAUCCAGGAACUAGACUACCCUGAAUUCAACGUUCCAAGCCGUGAAGGACUGCAGCUACUGUUUACUGCUUGUCACAGAGGGUUGAUGGAGAUAUUCCCAGUAGAUGUCUUGUAUAGAUCAUGGACCAACACAGAGGGACAGGUAAUAUUUUGCCUUUGGUUUGUUACUUUUUCAACUGUUCCUUUAUCUUUCCCCUGUUCCUGUAAUAGAAUUCAUAAUUUUGCUUAAAUCUCCACUACCCUUCUUCAGCUAUCCACCAAAAAAUUCUGGAAAUUUUUUUCCAUCAGUCAAAUCUUAUUUAAUUUUGCCUGUAGCAAGAUUCUACAGAAUCUCCAAUAACCGUCAUUGAAUUUAACAUUCAAUUCUUGCAGAAUGAGAACUUUUAGUUUAGAAAUCUUUUGUGUCUCUAUUGUAUAUUGAUUCUUGUAUGUUUGCAGUAUGUCAUGGAAAAAGCUUUGUUUCUGCCUUUUUUUUUGGAGGUUUCCAUCAAUUGCUUAUUUGAUAGCCUGGAGUCUGGAAAAAGAAAUAGUUUUGGAAAAAGGCUGGAAAUUGUCUAAAAUUUUGCAUCCAAUGAUUGUAGGAACCCUGAUAUUAAAAGUAUCACUUUCCAUCAAAUAUGAGUCAAAGAUGUUUGUUCUUUAUUUCAGCUGUCCUGGAUCCAGCAGAUCCUAUCCAAUCCUGGUAUUUUCUGUUUUGCUGAUUAUCCUUGUCACACAGUAGUGAUAGAUCUGCUCAAAACUGUACCAGAAGAUGAUAAUCGAGAAAUAUCUACAUGGUAACUAUUAAACAUGUCUGUUUAUGGCUAUUUUGUAGGCACAAUCUCAAGGCCUGGUUUCCAGGGCUGUCAAUAAGAUUUCAAGUUGUUGGUUUCAAAAUGUGUUGAGUCUCUCUUAACGGACACCUAGAGUUGGCACCUGUCUUUCUUUACUCCUUCUUUUUAACUCUCUGUAAAGAAGAAAUCUUUGUAAGACGCACACUUUGCAGUGAUUUUGUUACAAAUAGUUAUGGUGAGUCCUGGGACUCAUCUUGUGAAAAAUCAUGAGUCCUCCCAGGUCCAUAACCAAUGAGUCCCAGUUCAAAUAUACAACAUGUCCUAAAUUGAAAAUGCUUUAUGUAACCAGACAGCUCAUCUGGAGACAGAUGCCAAAACUUUUCAUUACAGUUUACUGAAAUUAAAGUACAGUCCUUCUAUGUAUUAAAGCACAAAAAGGACUAAAAUGAAUAUGCAUAAUGCAUAUCAAAAUUUUUGAAACAACAGCCACAGAAAUUACACAAACAAGAUAUUCAACCCAAAAAAUCUUCAAAUCGAUUGAUUGUUCUUUGCAUCCUAUGGGACUCAUUUCAAACAACAAAACAUCACAAAACAACGGAGUUUACUUCAAAAAUAAGCAUCCUAAACAGCAAGUGAUCUAAAAAUUAGCAUACAGCAUAAGGAUCAAACAUUAACAAUAGCAGCAUGAAAAGGUGUUUUGAUAAUGAUAUCCAUGCAAGUACAUUAAUUUUAUGCUACUGCUGGUUAGGGUGCUUUUGUUUUCUUUGAUAUUGAUCUUGGUUUGUAUCAGUUUGCUCUGCUCAGGUUGUCCAUGAAAUGAUUUAAAUAUCAUCAAUUCCAUUGUAGGAAAUCCCUGAACUUGUCCGAAACAUUGUUGCGUUUGGCAGAAGCAGGUCACUACGAGACAGUCAAAUCCUUGUUCAGUUUUCCAAUGAAGCAUUGUCCAGAUGUUUUGCUACUUGCUUUGCUGCAGAUUAAUGUAUGUAGCAUGUGUUAUGAGGUAGUUUAAGAUUUUACAAUGGCGAUGGCAGCAAAAAUGUCAUUUGUAAAUGGAUUUGCCCUAAUUGUCACUUUAUUGCGAUUAUUGCAACUUACAUAAUUCGUCAACUGCUGGUGAAUUCUCUGGGUGAUGGGUUUGUAACGACCUCGUUCAAUUUCAGAAAGAGAAAGAAAAAGUCGCUAUUAUGUGUUUACCUCCUAGACAAUACAUCAAAUUAGCUAAUUUCACAUCGUAGUCAUGCAGUGAUGGCAAAGAAAUGUACCAAAAAGUGUAACACAUGUGCAGAGUUGUUGUUUUGCCAAAUAAAACUUAUUUCUUUUUUGACGUUCCUCUUGCCGUUGCCGUCAUGACAUCUUAAACUACCUGUUACGUCUGUAUGCCUACACAUGUCCUGAGAGAAGUUAAUGGAGAAAACAUUAGAAAUCUGGGUGGCUUCUGGGUCCUCACUGGAUUUUCUCUAUUCAAAACAUCAGCAUACAGUUAUUUGGGUUUUUUACCUUGUGUAACCGUAAUAAUAAUUAUAUUGUCCUUUUUUUCAUCGUUAACAAGGAUCAGAAUGACUUGUUAUUCCUCCCAGCUCCUAUUCUAAUUUUGAAAGUAUUUUGCCUCCAAAAAGUGUCCUACAAUCAUGUAUAUGUAUUAGUGAUCUUUAAGAAAUUUUCUUUUAUACUGUUAACAUAGACAAAGAUCAGGAUAUUAUUCACCCCUCUUUAAUUAGAAAGUUUUGUUGCCUUAAAAAUAGUAACCUAUGCCUGAGUGUAGAGUGAUCUUGAAAUUACAAACGCUGCUAUUGCAGACCGGGCAAACACUAUGACAGCCCACCUUGGAAAGAAGUUGUUCUAUACCUCCAGUAUUUUCUUGAUUUAUAUAUGAUUAUAUCUGGUUACACUUUUUAUUAUAUGGCUACAAUAGUAUGCGCACUCUGAUUGGCUGCUAAGCGGGCAUUAUUUUCUUUUAAUGACUGGGCAUUACUAGCUAGGUGUUCAAGGCAUAUACAAUCUGUGUUUAACUUGAUAGUGGACAUCCUUAUGGACUUCCAUGUUAAUUGGUCAAUUGACAGCUGUCAAGAAAGGGUGUCUAGACUGGUCACAAUGUACUGACAUAACCCCCGAGUUCACAUGUUGAGUAACUCCACUGCACAAAAAAUUUCAAUAGGUGACUGGUCAAUAACCAAAAUUAACUAGCGUCCGAGUCCAUGUAUUUCUUUUCCGGAUAUGAUAAAUAAUUUAUUUACCUCGUCCGUUCAGUCAUUACAGGCAAAUCUCAGACCUCUGCCUUGAUGUAUUGACCUCGAUAUCCCUUGGUCAAUACAUCAAGGCCUCAGUCUGAGAUUUCCCUUUGAUGACCUCUCUCUUGGUUAGUAAGUGGUAUAAUUAUAAUGAUGUGCUUUAUUGCAGCCUCUCUGGCAUUCCCUGCGCAAUGAGUUAGUAUCACAGCUUAUCCCUGUGUUUCUCGCUAACCAUCCUAACUCAGGCAGUGUGCUGCAUUAUGUAUGGCAUGGACAGGUCAGUAUUUUAUUCUGUACAUGUUAAACCUUACCAACCAAGCUGCCGGUUUUAUUGGUGAUGUCUUUGUGUAUUUAUUGGUUUGACAAUCCCUUUAACAAAUUAAAAGCUUUUGAAGUACUGGUUUUACAGUUUUUGCUCUAGGAAUUUUAUUCACCUUUUUGUUUUAGUUUCCUGCACAGUUUUGUUUUCCCUUUGCAAAUGUGUCACUUUGUUUGUUGCUGUUUUUUUUUUUCCAAUAUUUUUAUUUAUUGCUAUUGUUUUGUGUUUCAUUGUGAAAAGGUACAAAAAUUAAUAGUGCAUAAUUUUGAAUCAGUUUCAAGGAUAUAAAAUAUUGAUAUGUUUUUUCGACAACCAGAAUGACAUUCAAGAAUGUACCCAUUUUGAUCUUUGAAGUCUGUGGUUCUCAGUUUUCAAUGAAUUAAGUGGGGGUCAUCAUUUUUAUAUAUUUUCGUAUUUCAUCAGGCUCCAAUGCCCCACCCCUUACCCUGAUCACAGUAGUACAGAUUAUCAGACCUCGUUACAAAACUGAAAAGUGUUCAGUGAUCUAAUUUGAUUAUUUAUUGAGAUGGAGACCAGCCUUAUGCUAGGAGUGAAGGCUUUCUCACCAUUACUGCAAUUGCCUGGCAUUUGUUGCCAUCAAACAAUCACUGCAAUUGCUGAACAAAAUCUUAGCGAUCACAUUGAAAUUAAUUGUUUUGCAAUUAUCACCUAAUAUUGUCUUUCCUUGUUGUAUGAGGUAAAAAAAUCAUCUCAGUAACUGUUGUAUUUUCACUUCACACAGGGUCAGUCAGCAUCAAUUCGUCAGCUGGUGAUGCAGGCGAUGGCUGAGUGGUAUGUUAAAGGUGACAUGGACCAGGGACGCCUAUCAAGAAUAUUGGAUGUAGCUCAAGACCUCAAGGUAACAAUCAGCAAUAUCUAGGAGCUUACCAUUGUUUUUGCUCACUUAACUACACAAAUUGUAAAUUAAUUUUCUUGAAAACUGUUGCAAAUAAUUUGUACAAGAUAGUGUCUUCAUUUUUUCACUUUACUGAAGAACAAAGCCUCUUGUUUCAGUGCUUUUGUUACCUCAAGAAAUUUUAUAAGAAGCCACACACUGAUACCACAAAAACUCCCUCAGUACAAUAGUAGAAAAUACUCUUUCAAUGACACCAUUGUUGUCUAUCAACAGUUUGAACUUGUCUUUCAAUCUCAAAGGCCAAAGAUCAGCCUUUAAACGGCUGAGUCAUUUUAUUUAACUUGUCUUUCUUGUUUUUUCUGUAGGCAUUAUCAAUGCUGUUGAAUGGUUCUCCAUUUGUGUUUGUCAUUGAUCUUGCUGCCCUGGCAUCACGCCGAGAAUAUCUUAAACUGGACAAAUGGUUAAGAGACAAGCUUAAAGAACACCAGGUAACCUCCUUCUUACACAACUUUGUGAUAAACACAAAGGUGAACUUGAGCAAUACUAUUAUGGUUACCACAGGUCAGGAAAUGGUUAGGGAGAAAAUAAUAAUUCUUCAAGGUCAGGAAAAAGUCAGGGAAUUUCACUUUAUGUCUGGGAAAAUUUGAAUGAAGUCAGUGAAAAGGCAAAUUUUAAGAGUACAUAAUUUUUUUUUCUUUUCCCUCUACUUUUAGUGUUUUCUAAGAUUUAAAAUUCUUUUGGACAUUUUGCAGACAUGAAUCAUGUUGUAUUGGCAGAAUAUUGUGUGUGAAAUUGAACAACAAGCUGAUGUUAGGUUUUCAAGAAAUUCAAUCCUGUUUGCAAGUUUUGAACCAAUGCCAAUUUUGUCCUGACAAUAUAAAUACCUAAUUAAAAGAAAAGUUUAUGAGAAUAAAUAAAAAUAAUGAUGAACUAAGGGAAAAUGCAUUGAUCUUUGAACAAAUUCUCUCAACCUAUUCUGUAAGGAAAUGUAAGGGGAUCAGUUGGGAGAAUUUGUUUGUGGAUAUUGAGGCUUAAAUGUUUGAGGAACUAUCAAAUCAUGUACACUGCACAUGACUUAAUGAGAGCAUGAAUAAAUGGGUGGAGAGGAUGGCUUUGAGGGGAAAAGUUGAGUUCAUUAUCACAGCUAAUUUGUGAAAUGGUUAAUUCAGUUGAUCAGGGAAAUGUUACCUUUGUCAGGAAAACGUCGGGGAAUUUCCGAAACCUCUGGCUGUGGCAACUAUUUAUAAAGUAUAAUUAUUUUCAUUUUCAGGAGGAGUUUGCCCAAGCUUGCGUCUCAUUCCUUAGGCGACGCUGCCCCCAUCUGCUGGGUGUGUCCUUGGAUAAGGAGUUACCAAAGAGUGUUCAGCUACCACAGGAGACAGUUGUUACUGUGUUGUCUUGUCUUCAGUCUUUCUUGGGGUGAGGAUAAAUAGGACUCUUUUAUACAGUUGAAUAUCUGCUUAUCAUGGGUAAUUUAUGUGCUCCCAAAGAUAACAUACUUUGUACAAUCCUACCUCCUUAAUAGGGUUACAUGUAAAUUAGACCCUUCGGUCUGCCACUGUGGUGUCCUUAUGCUUAUGGUAUAGCCAGUAACUUGCUCUUAAAUGGUCGGCGUUUAAAAUAGUGAUGAAAAGGAGCUCAGAAUUUGAGGGAAUGAAUCAUUGCCAUGCAAGCCUUUGAGAACCUACAUGUGCUGAUGUUGGGUGGUGGAGUUGUGUUGGGUUUGUUUCCGGUUUCAAAGAACUCAGAGAAUUCUUUGAGAAACAUUGAUGACUUUGGAGGAAAGACAAGACAAGACUAACACCAUACAAUGGAAAUAUCUAAUGAAAACUAGAACACAAUAAGAGCAUAGUGGAAUGACGUAGCAUGCAGAAAAAUGAAAAGAAGACAAGAACCCCUAUGAACAAACUUACGUACAAAGAAAACUGUCAAGAAAAAAAAAGAAAAAAAAGAACCUUAUACCUUUUAGCUGCAAGCUAGAGAUACAAGGCGGUUGCUUCUUGCUUGUGUAUGUGUAAUAAGCAAAUUGUCAGACUUCCCUAGCUGAUAGCUAUUCUUUAUGAAACUGGAAAAAUUGAAAAUUCCUGUCUCAUUUGCCAGGUCAGGUAGAGUUCUCCUUCUACCUUGAACUCUAACAUAGAGGAAAUUUGAAAAAAAUAAUGAUGUCCCUUAUUGGACAGCAUUACAUGUAUGAGUAAAGCAAUGCAAAAUCAAUUUUUUUUUGACAAUGCAGCCAAGCAUCUCCUGAGUUGGCUGAAAUCAUCACCCAAAUGAUAACAAAUCAUGGUCCUCUGGUGAAAGCUCGGCCAAGUGCUGCUGUGGUAGGGAUUCCAUUCAAGAGACAGGGAAGUUUGGAUGGAGGACAGCUACCAUCAAGUCUGUCUUCCCAGGUUGUUAACAUUUAUUUUGGUAGAACUAAAUCUAUCUAACCUUUGUUUUUGCUUUGAGAUUUAAAGUUGAGUUUCAGAGUUUUUUAGGUGAAAAUUAGACUUCUGGGCUCUUAGAAAUUUUCUUUUUUGACACUUAAAGGGGCUGGGUCAUAGAAGAUGAGUUGAUUUUGUUUUAAUUUUGCCAAUUAUUGUUACAGCACUUUUCAAAAAAUAAUGUAACUGGUGCUGUUCCUUCUUUUGUAUUUGCUCUAUUAAUUUAUUGCUCCUUUCAUGUUGUAAGUUGGUAUUAUUGUUCUUGUUCAGUUUAGUGCAGGGAUUGGCCAUUUUUUAUGACAUAUUUUAGCUCCUUUAACCCUUAAAGCUCAACCAGCCUGAGUGAAAACUACAUGGGUAACAAGCAGGAGCCCAACUCAGUUCUUGCUUAGAUAUCCUGUCAUAAAGUGCAGGUUAUAUGGUUGAAUUCUGAGAGUAGAAUAUUGGUGGUAGGUUAUAGGGUAGGUUAUUGCAUAUAUUAUAUCUUUUUAAUAGAAUUGAUGUUCUUUCUUUUAGCUUGAUCCACUUACCGGGCUCAGCAUGCCUUCAUCAUCCCUCCCAACAACCCCAGCCACACCUACCUCACAGCUGCCCUCAUUCCCACCACACCCCCUAACUGGCAAUGUACUAGGAUCCUCAGGCAGUCUUGGAGCUGUUGGCAGUAUAGGUUCAGGUCUAUCUUCACAGGCCAUACAGAAGCCACUGUCACAACUCGGGCAACUUCCCCUUAGUACCCCAGCCUCAUCAAGUUCAGGUCUUCAUUCGCCAAGUUUCAGCUCGUCGCAGAACCCCUUGCUACAGCAACUUCACCAGGCAGGCAGUUUAGGGCAGCCCAUGGGUGGAGCUGCAAUGGAUAAUGCUCGUUUGUUGGCUGGUCUUGGAAUCCAGAAGCAGCUGGGAGGCAGUUCUCUGUUGCAGCAACAGCAGCAGCAAAGUGCACUUUUGUCCCAGUCUAGAAACCAAGCUGAAAAGUUACGCACA